GCGCAGCGGAAGUGCAGGCUGUGGCCGCUCUGGCCCUCCGGAGGACUCGUCGGUGCCCUCGGCUCUCCUCGGCUCCGGUCGGCGGUGGGCGGGUCUGACGUGCCGUCUGUCCGGUCGCUCCGCUCUGCUUUAGCUCUGGGUUUUAGGCCAUGGGGCAGCAGGAUGUGUGGCGGCUCCUGUCGAGGUUCAGCUCACUCAGAAGAGCCAAUGUUGUUCUGCAGCAUCUGAGAAUGUCCAUGCACACAGAAGCUGCGGAAGUGCUGCUGGAGAGGAGAGGCUGUGCGGGGGUCAUAACGCUGAACAGACCCAAGUUCCUCAACGCUCUGUCUCUGAACAUGAUCCGGCAGAUCUAUCUACAGCUAAAGACGUGGGAACAAGACCCUGAGACGUUCCUGAUCAUCAUCAAGGGCGCUGGAGGAAAGGCCUUCUGUGCUGGAGGGGACAUCAAAGCACUCUCAGAAGCUAAGAAAGCAGGGCAGAGUGUGACUGGAGAUUUAUUCAGAGAAGAAUAUAUACUGAACAAUGCCAUUGCUUCCUGUCAGAAGCCAUAUGUUGCCCUUAUUGAUGGGAUCACAAUGGGCGGGGGAGUUGGUGUUUCAGUUCAUGGACGAUUCCGAGUGGCUACGGAAAGGUCCCUCUUUGCAAUGCCAGAAACGGGAAUAGGGCUAUUUCCUGAUGUGGGCGGAGGUUAUUUCUUGCCAAGACUUCAAGGAAAGCUGGGUUACUUCCUUGCACUGACAGGGUUCAGACUGAAAGGAAGAGAUGUGCACAGAGCAGGAAUCGCCACACACUUUGUAGAUUUUGAGAAGUUACACAAGUUAGAGGAAGAGCUGUUGGCCUUGAAGUCGCCUUCAGCAGAAGAUGUUGCAGGUGUCUUAGACAGCUACCAGGCUGAGUCCAAGAUGGAUCAAGACAAAUCUGUCAUAUUUGAGGAACACAUGGACAAAAUAAACAGUUGUUUUUCAGCCAAUACUGUGGAACAGAUUAUUGAAAACUUACGGCAGGAUGGUUCACCUUUUGCCAUAGAACAAUUGAAGGUAAUUAAUAAAAUGUCUCCGACAUCCCUAAAGAUCACACUGAGGCAGCUCAUGGAGGGCUCUUCAAAGACCUUGCAAGAGGUACUCACCAUGGAAUAUCGGCUAUCUCAAGCAUGUAUGGAAGGCCAUGACUUUCAUGAAGGCGUUAGAGCCGUUCUCAUUGACAAAGACCAGAGUCCAAAGUGGAAACCAGCCAAGUUACAGGAAGUUACUGAUGAAGAUCUGAAUAGCUAUUUUAAAUCUUUGGGAAGCAGGGAUUUGAAAUUCUGAGGUGACCAGACCUCUAAGGUUUAUUUUGGAGCAAGGGCCAGCAAACAGCACAGAGGCUAGGUCUGUCAUCUUACCCAUUUUCAUCCAGCCUGCAAGCUGGAAAUGCUUUCCUCACUUUUAAAUUGUUGGUAAAGAAAUUAAAAGACGUAACAUUUUAUACAGUGGUUACCUGAAGUUUAAACACCAGUGUUUAUGAUGUUUCAUGAUACAACAGUUGGCUGCAGUUCAGACACCGUGUUUAUAGAACUCUGCUGCAGAUAGCUGUACUUGUUAUUUAUGACUGCUGGAAGUGGCCAUGUGUGGUGGUUUGAAAGAAAAUGGCCCACAUAGGCAGUGGCACUAUUAGGAGGUGUGGCCUUGUUGGAGGAAGUGUGUCACUGUGGGGGUGGGCUUUGAGGUCUCCUGUGCUCAAGCUAUACCCAGUGACACAUUUGCUCAUUUGCUUCUGCCGCCUGUGGGUCAAGAUGUAGAAUUCUCAGCUCCUUCUCCAGCACCAUGUCUGCCUUGUCCUGCCAUGAUGAUAAUGGACUAAAACUCUGAACUCAAAGCCAGCCCUGGUUUAAAAGAUGGGAAAUUCUCAAGAGCUCUAGAGUCUUGAGUUACUAUCUCUCAUUAAAAUUGUAACUUUGGCUUCCAGUGGUAGAUUAUAUGUGAAUUAAUAAAUUAUGUAUAUAUUAUCAAAAAUAAAGACCUUGAAAUUUGGA